ACAGUCGACAACUCAUACUAUUGGCUUAUAUCAUAACUCUGAAUUUCAAUUAUACGAUGAAGUCCUCGCUAGACUGGUUGAUUGUGCUACUGGCUUUUGUGCAGCUCGUCUUCGCUCAUGAUAAUGGAAUGGACAUGAGCAUGGACGGUGCCAUGAGCCUAUCGGCAGGAAACAUGCUCUCGUAUCUGCACUUUACACCAGGAGAUGUCGUCUGGUUUCAGGGAUGGGUUCCUCGAAGCACUCGCACAAUGGUCGGUGCAUGCAUCGGACUCUUCCUCCUUGCGAUAUUUGAGCGUUGGCUUGCGGCUUUUCGAGGACUAUCUGAAGCACAUUGGCUCAAACAUGCUCAAAUGGAAGCCUCAAACAAACCUAACACGACUCAACGACGUUCUCUCCUCUCCAUACUCUCUCAAGUCCCUGUUUACGACAUGCCCCGCGGUGUCGUACACGCUGCACAGUCCGCUCUCGAAAUCGCAUUCAUGCUCAUCGUUAUGUCUUACCAAGUCGGCUUUAUCAUAGCACUCGUUGCUGGUCUCGGCGUAGGAGAAGCGCUAUUCGGACGCUUCAAUGUGCAUGCUCACCUCUUGUAGCGGCUCAAUUUCAUUCCUUAUCACUUCGCGUGCAAGUAAAGCCUAUUGUACAGCUGGUUCAUGCUCAGGCUGCGUUUUCGUUGAUUGCUUACAGACCUG